AUGUCUAUCAUAUCUAUCUAUCUAUCUAUUCUUUCUAUCUAUCUAUCUAUCUAUCUAUCUAUCUAUCUAUCUAUCUAUCUAUCUAUCUCUCUCUCUCUCUCUCUCUCUCUUCCUAUCUAUCUAACUAUCUAUGGUAUAAAUCCAUCUCUUUUCCUCUUCCUGCUAUGGUCUAAUUCCGUUGAUAUCUAUCUAUCUAUCUAUCUAUCUAUCUAUCUAUCUAUCUAUCUAAUUCCGUUGAUAUCUAUCUAUCAUAUCUAUCUAUCUAUCUAUCUAUCUAUCUAUCUAUCACAUCUGUUAAAAUGUAUCUAUCUAUGUACCUAUCUAUCUAAUUCCGUUGAUAUCUAUCUAUCUAUCUAUCUAUCUAAUUCCGUUGAUAUCUAUCUAUCUAUCUAUCUAUCUAUCUAUCUAUCACAGUCUGUUAAAAUGUAUCUAUCUAUGAUCGAUCUAUCUAAUUCCGUUGAUCAUCUAUCUAUCUAUCUAUCUAUCUAUCUAUCUAUCUAUCUUUCUUCUAUCUAUCAUCAGUCUUUGAUAUCUAUCUAUCUAUCUAUCUAUCUAUCUAUCUAUCUAUCUAUCUAUCUAUCUAUCUCUCACAGUCUGUUAAAAUGUAUCUAUCUAUGUAUCUAUCUAUCUAAUUCCGUUGAUAUCUAUCUAUCUAUCUAUCUAUCUAUCUAUCUAUCUAUCUAUCUAUCUAAUUCCGUUGAUAUCUAUCUAUCUAUCUAUCUAUCUAUCUAUCUAUCUAUCUAA